CGGGCGGACGAGGUGGCGGCGGCGGCGGAGCGGGAGCGGGGACCGGGCGCAGGCAGAGCGCGACGGCGCGGGUGUAUUCCAGAGAACAGGUCUUCAAACAUCUUUGCUGUAUUGACGCUGAGCUGUUGGGACUAAGGCUUAUGAGGAGGUAUUGUCACACAAAACAGUGCCUAGUAAAGACCACAAGAAAGAGGGGAAAGGAUCGGAAAAAGAAGCUAAAAUACUAUAGAAAACCAUGAGAUCUAUUCGAUCUUUUGCCAAUGAUGAUCGCCAUGUUAUGGUGAAACAUUCAACAAUCUAUCCAUCUCCGGAGGAACUUGAAGCUGUUCAGAAUAUGGUGUCCACUGUUGAAUGCGCUCUUAAACAUGUCUCAGAUUGGUUGGAUGAAACAAAUAAAGGCACAAAAACAGAGGGUGAGACAGAAGGGAAGAAAGAUGAGGCCGGAGAAAACUAUUCCAAGGAUCAAGGUGGUCGGACAUUGUGUGGUGUAAUGAGGAUUGGCCUGGUUGCAAAAGGCUUGCUGAUUAAAGAUGAUAUGGACUUGGAGCUGGUUUUAAUGUGCAAAGACAAACCCACAGAGACCCUGUUAAAUACAGUCAAAGAUAACCUUCCUAUUCAGAUUCAGAAACUCACAGAAGAGAAAUAUCAAGUGGAACAGUGUGUAAAUGAGGCAUCUAUUAUAAUUCGGAAUACAAAAGAGCCCACGCUAACUUUGAAGGUGAUACUUACUUCCCCUCUAAUUAGAGACGAAUUGGAGAAGAAGGAUGGAGAAAAUGUUUCGAUGAAAGAUCCUCCGGACUUAUUGGACAGGCAGAAAUGCCUAAAUGCCUUGGCGUCUCUUCGACAUGCCAAAUGGUUUCAGGCAAGGGCAAAUGGAUUAAAAUCAUGUGUAAUUGUCCUCCGCAUUCUGCGUGAUUUGUGCAACAGAGUCCCUACAUGGGCACCAUUAAAAGGAUGGCCACUAGAACUUAUAUGUGAAAAGUCUAUAGGUACUUGUAAUAGACCUUUGGGCGCUGGGGAGGCCUUGAGAAGAGUAAUGGAGUGUUUGGCAUCUGGAAUACUACUUCCUGGGGGUCCUGGUCUUCAUGAUCCUUGUGAGCGAGACCCAACAGAUGCUCUGAGCUAUAUGACCAUCCAGCAAAAAGAAGAUAUUACUCACAGUGCACAGCAUGCACUCAGACUGUCAGCUUUUGGCCAGAUUUAUAAAGUGCUGGAGAUGGACCCCCUUCCAUCUAGUAAGCCUUUUCAGAAGUAUUCCUGGUCAGUUUCUGAUAAAGAAGGUUCUGGGUCUUCAGCUCUAAAGAGGCCAUUUGAAGAUGGAUUAGGGGAUGAUAAAGACCCCAAUAAGAAGAUGAAACGAAACUUAAGGAAAAUCCUGGAUAGUAAAGCAAUAGACCUUAUGAAUGCCCUCAUGAGGCUAAAUCAGAUCAGGCCCGGGCUUCAGUAUAAGCUCUUAUCUCAGUCUGGACCUGUCCAUGCCCCGGUCUUCACAAUGUCUGUAGAUGUGGAUGGCACAACAUAUGAAGCCUCAGGACCAUCCAAGAAAACAGCAAAACUUCAUGUAGCAGUGAAGGUAUUGCAAGCAAUGGGAUACCCAACAGGCUUUGAUGCAGAUAUUGAAUGUAUGAGUUCCGAUGAGAAAUCAGAUAAUGAAAGCAAAAAUGAAACAGUGUCUUCAAACUCAAGCAAUAAUACUGGAAAUUCUACAACUGAAACCUCCAGUACCUUAGAGGUAAGAACUCAGGGCCCUAUCCUCACAGCAAGUGGCAAAAAUCCUGUAAUGGAGCUCAAUGAAAAAAGAAGAGGUCUCAAGUAUGAACUCAUCUCGGAGACUGGGGGAAGCCAUGACAAGCGCUUUGUAAUGGAGGUAGAAGUAGAUGGUCAGAAAUUCAGAGGCGCAGGUCCAAAUAAGAAAGUGGCAAAGGCAAGUGCAGCUUUAGCUGCCCUGGAGAAGCUGUUUUCUGGACCCAAUGCAGCAAAUAAUAAGAAAAAGAAGAUUAUCCCUCAGGCGAAGGGUGUUGUGAAUACAGCUGUGUCUGCAGCAGUCCAGGCUGUUCGGGGCAGAGGAAGAGGAACUCUAACAAGGGGAGCUUUUGUUGGGGCGACAGCUGCUCCUGGCUACAUAGCUCCAGGAUAUGGAACACCAUAUGGUUACAGCACAGCUGCCCCAGCCUAUGGUUAAUACUUUUAAGCAGUUUUCAGCACGUUUAUCUCACUUUAUUCUCGUUCUCCUCGGACCUUCGUAGCCAUAUCACUUGUAUAAAAUAGGCUGAGAUAUAGUGACUGUAAGCUGUGAUCUCAGUAUACAAAGGUAAGCUCUUUUAUUUUCUGAUUAAAGAGAAAAAUAAUUAAUACAACAUGCAUAUAUGACAAUCAUAUAUGAUGUAUUUGAUCUCUUAGGUCUUAUGUCAUCACAUUACCUUUAAAAAUUUUAUGGUCUAAAUGUAAAACAGUUAUUUUUCAACACUUGUUUUAAUACCCUUGUAACUGCUUUUUGUUCAAGAGAGACAUUUUACUUUUACUGAGUUACAUGUGUAAUGUGUGUAGAAUGUGUGCAGAAACUUAGAAUAUAAAAUGUAUGUAAAUUACACACACGCACCUGUUUAAAUAUAAGAAUUCAAUGGUAGGAACAGUUCACCUAAGAAGAUUUUAACGACAGGGCACUCUUUUGGCCAAAGUGGUGGAAUUUCAUAAGCAGCAAGAUUGGUAACAGUGCUGGUAGGAUCCAUGUAUGUCAUUGUUAUACAAGCUGAGGAUCAAAGUGCCAAUUUCUCAUUCUCUGAGAAAUGAAAAUCUCUGAUCUGUGUUGUAUUGCCCCAAUACAACAACAGCAAGAAGCCAUAAAAAAAAAAGCAAUAGAAAA